AUGGACAACACCAACCUGUUUCUCACCCUGGGAGCUACAAUGAGGAUGACGAAGCUACACAAGAACUACAAGGGCAACAAUGGGGUGGACAUCCACUACAUGACGAUCCUCCACAAGAACAGCACUGGCAUGGUCAUCCUGUACAUGACGAUCCUCCGCAAGUUCCACACUGGGAUGGUCAUCCUCUUCAUGACGAUCCGCCGCAAGAUCAACAUUGGACUGGACAUCCUCUACAUGACGAUUCUGAUGUAUCUCAACCUUCGCAUUGGCGAAAUCGCUGGGAGUCGCCGUCGUCAAAUGGACGGUCGUGGCAGGAGAGCUCCCAACAAUGGCGAGAUCGAAGGCCUUGGGGCGAUCCUGCUCAAGAUCACGGCUGGUAUCGACAAUCUCAUGGUGACGAUCGUGGAGAUCAAGACUAUGGUGGCUGGGAAGAGUGGGGUGCAUGGACGGAUCGUGGUGGCUGGACAUGGGAUGAGUGGUCUGACUAUCCUGGCAGUGGUACGGGGCAGUCUGCUUCGUCAACUCAAGGACCAGCUACUAGUUCUACAGAUCGUGAAGUUCCUCGAAAUCGCCCACAAGGUUUCUUUCGUCAUGGGACGUUUGUUAACCGUAUUCGCACAGAUGAAGAACAGCGAUUUCACACUGGUGGACAAGGCCAACAGCGUCAGGGGCGUAGGCAAGAACGACUCCGUCAAUGGCGGGAUGGUACCUUUGUGCGUGCCUGGCGACGUCACAUGGAUGAAGUUGCCAGUCGACUACAUGAACGACAACUUCGUGCUGAAGCUGCUGCUGAAGGUCGAGUCCAACUUCCACCCCAAGAUGGAGCCGUACCUGGAGUACCUGCUGCAGAAGAUCAUGCUGUACAACCACCUCGUGCUGGAGUUGAACCUGGGGAUGUUUCAAAGAAUGGCGUCUGGCAACCUUGGGGCCGAUUCUUCUGGGGGCGUGGUUGAUGCACCUGUUCCUGUUCAAGAGGCCAUAGACAGUGCUAUGGGGUCGUCAGCUCCUCGGUGGACACGUAAGCAAUGGGAAGACUGGGAAGACUGGGACAAAGCUGCUGAUGGGUCGGUAACACCUGACGGAGUCAGCCUCAUGCAACAACCUGGGCGUACAAACACUGGUGCUACUGGAGAUGAUGAUGCAAACAUGGCGGCUGCAACUCCUGCUCAACCCAGCCUUGCUCUCACUUUGCAGGAAGAACAAGCACUUCAUAAUGCUGGAUGGCCGCUCUCCAUCAUCGCGGAUAUGAGGGAAUUCUGUGAGUUCCUCGAAUGGGCUCGGGGAGAACAUGGUGCUGGCGCUGUGGCUUGGGCCAUGGACUCCUGGGGAGACAGUCUGGUUGUCGGGAAUGUCUCCGCGGUCAAUGGAUGCCUCACGGUCCCGAUGAUGACGAUGGACGCCAACUUCCUGAACCUCCUUUCGUACGAGGUGACCAUGGGCGUGGGCAAUGACGAGGGCAAGGACGUUGUAAUGGGACUGGAGAUGGAGCUGCUGGUCCUGGCGGGGAUCUUCCUGGCGAUGGAGACGAUGGUGGCGAUCAUGACGGUGAUGGGGUACGACGCUUGGGACGAAACACACGUUCUGGACGCAACGUACAUCCUCGUGGCAGUCGUUCCCGAUCUCGUUCCACUCGGGCGAGACAUGGUGUUGGGGAUGAUGCAGCUGGUCGAGAACCCGGGGUUCGUGAUCUUCGUCCUGCUCUACGAGAUCCUCCUGGUCUUCUUCCUCCUGGUGUUGUGGAGGGUGGUGGAGUUGGAGAAACUGCUGGGAGUGUGA